AUGUUGAUGUUGCAGGUCUGCAGUGCAGGUCCGCAGUCUAAGUCCGGUCGGUAUGCGCCGAUGUGCCUUCGCUGCACUCAGGUGCUGGCUCGGCGUUGCCUUCAUGCUGACGGUUGGGACAGUAGUAGGACAGAGGAUGCUGUUCAGAGGAAGCAGCCCCCAUGGCCAGGUGCAGUUGGUGACCGUGGCCUGGAAGCUGUGGCGCAGAGGCGCAGAGCAAGGCUCGGACAGCACUUGCUUCUGCGCAUCGCCGUCCUCCGCGAAGGUGGCUCUGACACCGCAGCUCCGCUGGACACGAGGAAGGAGGCGGAGUGGCGCGGCGCGGGGAAGUUGCGUGGGGAAUUGACGGGGCCAUGGUGCUGA